GAGCCAGGCGGGAAAGUCGGUUAUUCGUUCUGACCAAUCAAUUCACUCGUGUAGCAACGCCGCUGCGGAGUGUCUUCAGCGGAGAGGGACGAGGAAGCGAACAUAUUAGUCUAUAAGAUAAACGAGUUGUUUUUUUUUCUUCCAAUUUUAUACCAAAGGAGAUUACUUUAGCGUAAACCAAGAACGAUGACUGGCUCGAACGAGUACAAACUGAACCAGGGACCAGAGGACAGUAUCUCCGCCGUGAAGUUCAGCCCCAGUACAGGCCAGUUCCUUCUCGUGUCCUCUUGGGACUGUACUGUCCGGCUCUACGAUGUGGCAGGCAACUCCAUGAGGAUCAAGUAUUCUCACCUGGCACCUGUGCUGGAUUGUGCUUUCUAUGACCCGACACAUGCCUGGAGUGGAGGCUUGGACACACAGUUGAAAACCCACGACUUGAAUACAGAUCAAGAUACAAUAGUUGGGACACACGACGCCCCCAUUCGCUGUGUGGAAUACUGUCCAGAGGUCAACGUCAUGGUAACCGGUAGCUGGGAUAGGUCAGUCAGGCUGUGGGACCCCAGGACCCCCUGCAACGCUGGCACCUUCACACAACCUGAAAAGGUGUACACCCUCUCUGUGGCUGGUGACCGGCUGAUAGUGGGGACAGCAGGGAGGAGGGUGUUGGUCUGGGACCUGAGGAAUAUGGGCUACGUCCAGCAGAGGAGAGAGUCCAGUCUGAAAUACCAGACACGAGCCAUCAGGGCCUUCCCUAACAAACAGGGCUAUGUCCUGAGCUCCAUAGAAGGACGUGUUGCUGUGGAGUACCUGGACCCCAGCCAGGAAAUGCAGAAGAAGAAGUACGCCUUCAAGUGCCACCGGCUGAAGGAGAACGGCAUAGAACAGGUCUAUCCUGUCAACGCCAUCUCCUUCCACGGGGUCCACAACACCUUCGCUACAGGUGGCUCAGACGGCUUUGUGAACAUCUGGGACCCUUUCAACAAGAAGCGUCUGUGUCAGUUUCACCGCUACCCCACGUCUAUCGCCUCCCUGGCCUUCAGUAACGACGGCUCCACGCUGGCCAUCGCCUCCUCUUACAUGCAGGAGCAGGGAGACAUCAGCCACCCGGAGGACACAGUGUUCAUCCGCCAGGUCACAGACGCAGAGACGAAGCCCAAGUGAGUCGGGACAGUCCUCCUGUCUGAUUCACACCAUGGGGCCCGGUCUGAUUCACACCAUGGGGCCCGGUCUGAUUCUGAACAUCCAGUCCACAUCCCGGUGGUCUUGUCUGGACCGCACCGCCACACUGCCCCUCACACUUGUUUUGGUACAUAUGAAUGGCAGCAUUGACCAGGAGCAGCCAGCUGGUAUUUUAACUGGCCAUCUAGCGCUCUCCCUCUCCCUCUCCAACUUUCAAUAUCCCCGUAGUUGACAGACCGAUGAGGACUUGACAAAAUGGCUGCCUCCUGAUCUGUUCUCUAGCUCUCUCCAACUUUCAAUAUCCCCGUAGUUGACGGACCGAUGAGGACUUGAUAAAAUGGCUGCCUCCUGAUCUGUUCUCUAGCUCUCUCCAACUUUCAAUAUCCCCGUAGUUGACAGACCGAUGAGGACUUGACAAAAUGGCUGCCUCCUGAUCUGUUCUCUAGCUCUCUCCAACUUUCAAUAUCCCUGUAGUUGACAGACCGAUGAGGACUUGACAAAAUGGCUGCCUCCUGAUCUGUUCUCUAGCUCUCUCCAACUUUCAAUAUCCCCGUAGUUGACGGACCGAUGAGGACUUGACAAAAUGGCUGCCUCCUGAUCUGUCUGUGGAUGUGUGGCUCCAGGAGAGUCCUGAAGACAGCUGAAUGGAUCCAUCUAUAUAAAACAACCUUCGCUGACCUUUGUUCAUCUGCCUAUAUUUCUUGGAUUUAAAGUUUAUUUUUGUAUUUUUUUUUACUGUUCCCAUUUAUUUGUACUUUAAAAAUGAAACGUGACGCUUUAUUAACAAAUGUAAAAGGACUAGACCCAUGUGUUUUCAGUUGUCUAGCCCCGCCCCUCUAAUAAACUGGUAGAAUUAGGUUGUGUCUAGCCCCGCCCCUCUAAUAAACUGGUAGAAUUAGGUUGUGUCUAGCCCCGCCCCUCUAAUAAACUGGUAGAAUUAGGUUGUCUAGCCCCGCCCCUCUAAUAAACUGGUAGAAUUAGGUUGUGUCUAGCCCCCGCCCCUCUAAUAAACUGGUAGAAUUAGGUUGUGUCUAGCCCCGCCCCUCUAAUAAACUGGUAGAAUUAGGUUGUCUAGCCCCCCUCUAAUAAACUGGUAGAAUUAGGUUGUGUCUAGCCCCCCCCUCUAAUAAACUGGUAGAAUUAGGUUGUCUAGCCCCGCCCCUCUAAUAAACUGGUAGAAUUAGGUUGUCUAGCCCCGCCCCUCUAAUAAACUGGUAGAAUUAGGUUGUCUAGCCCCGCCCCUCUAAUAAACUGGUAGAAUUAGGUUGUAUCUAGCCCCGCCCCUCU